AUGGUACGUAUCACUUCGACAUUUUGGUAUACUUGCUCUGGGGGUGCCUUCUCAUCUUCCGGUGAGACUCAUGACUUUCGUCUCGACAAGAAGACGAAUGGAACGAUGGAAGAGUGGGAUAUUGAGGUUACUUUACGCAAAGAUAGGAUAGAUAAACGUUUGAGAUCCUUGACAGAGGAGCUUCUAUUGGCUGCUCAUGCUGAUGAAGGCAGUGUGCAGCGGAUCAUCGCCGAUUUAGCCACUGAGGCGAAUGCUAUCCUCGCUGACAACAGAAGAGAACACGUCGAUUUGUUGCACAACCUUCGCAUACUCAAGUGCAAUGACGAGAGGAUCUCCCUUGUAGAGAGAUGGGAGCGCGGUCGGCACCGAUGGCGCAUGAGCCGCCACGAUCAAGCUAUGCACAGGGCUUUGAAGAGGCUCCGAAGUUCUGAGUUCCAGGACCCACCUGAGCUCGUUACAGUUUUUGAGUCCCUCAAGGAGAGUCAAGCGGACGUGUUGGCUCGUCGGCUAGAGACUCUUGCGGAGAUCCGAGACUCAACAGUUGGCGAACUGACUGGCGACAGAGCGCAGGCAGCGCUGGCCUCACUCGAUGAACUCAGUGCUGGAGCCGCCAAAAACUAUGCCACACAGAGGGAAGCUAUGGACAUGAUACGGAAACAUAUCGGAGAUGUAGGCCAGAAGCUCUAUGAGCAUUUGGUGGCCGAGAUAGAGCAGAUCGACUGCAGGGCAAGAUGGGGCGAGCAUUCUACCGCGGCCGAAGUAGUUGAUGCUGUGUUCGUCUCCGACCUUCAAGCCUGCUAUUCCCAGCUGGACGCUUUGAUCUCGACAACCAAGGAGAGAUUGGAUGAACUGGAAAGAGAGCAGCACACUAGAUGCUCCAAAAUGGCAGCACUUAUAAUGAGCACAUCAGUGGCUCUGGAGGAUAUGCGGUCUCAGAAACUGACUAUGAUGGAACAGCAUAAGAACGACCUGCAGAGGCGUCGAGCUGAGCACGAAGCCGAGUGUGAGGCCAAGGAAGAAAAGUUGAAAGAAUGUCGUAGGCGCAUCAGGAGUUCUCCUCAUAUUGAUCCGGAUCUCGAAGAGGCAACCACAGAGACGUAUACGCAGCUUGACGCUAUGGCUGCGGAGAUAGAGAAUUUUGCGAAAAAGAUGUUGCACGUCCAUGAGGAAUAUCCGAGUUCGGUAGAGCGACUCACAAUUGCCAUGCAACGACGAGCGGCCCCCAAUGACGAGAAAGACCAUACCGGAACCGACGUCGUUACGCAUCCUGCAACAAAAGAGCACGACGAUGACAAUAGAGAACCGGAGCAACUAUUGGAGCUCUGGUCGGGAGUGGCAGCAGCGAGCAUGUGCGAGCUACUAGACCCACAGCACUUCGUUGAGGAACGGAUUUGUCAAAGGGAAGAGCUUGACGAGCCUGUAGCUGAUCCAUUGGUCGAUGGCUCGACCAGUGGAUCUCCAGACGAAGCCUUGACCAAGGGAGAUGGGGUCGAUCAGAGCAAUGCAGACGGGAAUGCUGAGAUAGCUGAGGCAAGCUGCGCUGGUGUGUUGGAGCAAACAGACUCCAAGCUUUAG